AUGGAGUCUUAUCCUCUUGAAUUUGUGCUGCAUCAAGUGCCUUUGGUUGCUGUGGUGGGUCUGUCGUGCUAUUCUGUCCUGCCUCCACUCCCCGUCGAUGUCGAUAAAAACUCGCCCAUGUAUCUGCGGGCUGUCCAAGACCAGACUUCUGCUCAUGUCAGAAAGCUUCUACUGACUCUACUCACGGCAAAGAACAACAUUGGUCUUUGGGACUCUCCCACUUCAAAGUCAUUAUAUAAAAUCAUGGCUGUUGACAAGUCCCAUGCAUUCCCAAAGCGCCAGCUGAUUUCUAAAACAAUUGGAACAACCCACAUGUCGUCUUUAUCUCCAAACAACCCCAACUCGUUGCUAUACCCUGAUGGCAUCAUAACACCGCACUGGCCCAGCAAGCAUCGCGAGUUGGUUCCAGGAGUUGUGGUUGGGAUAUAUGACUUGUGGGAAUCCGUCGAGCAAGUCAAUCGAAACGAUCCAUUGGGAGUACAACAGAUUUCUGGACUAGAGCGAGAUCGUGACCAAAUUUUGGCUAAUGAAAUCAACGAAAAACGAAAACAGAUACAUGAGGCUGGUUUAAAGUUUGCCAUUAUCAUAAUUGUUAAAACAUUUCAUCCAGAUGAUCCAUUUGUAGAUGAACGUUUGUCAUAUAUUCGUCGCGCUUCCAUGAUAGAUCGUCAGCACCAGUUUACUCUAUCCGCCUAUUCCCAAAAUGGCAAUAUUCCAGACCUUGUGCCAUUUGUGGAAGGGUUACAGCGAGGUCUACUUGAAAUAACUUCGGUAUAUUAUCGAGAGCACGAGAAGCGAAUUAAACGAAAAAGAGCAAAGCUUUCUCCAACUGGAAAACCAACUGGAUCUAUGCUACAGGCCAAUCCUCAUAUUCGGCCAUUAUCAUCACAGGCAUGGAGCGUUCGCUAUGAUUUUAAACUUGGGUUUUUUGCCGAGUGUCGCCAGGAUCUGGAGGCUGCGAUUAGACAUUAUGAUACAGCAUAUACUGGAAUCAUUAAUAUAUUGCACCAAUCUCAAAAGUUUGGCGGAACGUUGGCACCAGGUGGUGGAAAUUCUGGUUCGGCAGAAAUCACUCCCGGCUCUCUAAGAUGGACAGAAGCACGCAUAUUUGCAGACUCACUAAGCAUCAAGAUGUUCAAGCUGCUUCUUUAUUGUGGACAUACUGUAAACGCUCUAGUUCAACUUCAUAAGCAUUUUGUUCAUUGUCGAGAAUUUCCUGAAUUUGCCUUUACAACAGCCUCAUUUGAUGGUUCUGCCAACGAUGAAAGUAACGUUAGUGGUCUUGGACACCUUAAAAACACAACAGGUGGAGGUUCAUUCCAAUACUGGGCAUGGGCAUCCACUCAAUAUCGUGCCUUUGGUGAACUCAUUGAAAUUGCAUCGUCCAAAACCCAACUAGUGUUGCCUUAUCCACCUCCUGGAUUUGCCUCGAAUCAAGCUCAGUCUAUUUUAAACACCGUGUCAAAUACCGGGCUUAAUUUGAUUGCUGGUGAAGCUGCAACGUCUUUGUUCAGUCCAUUUAGCAGCGUAAAUCCUGUAUUCACGGUUCAGCAUGCCGGGUUUUACUACGUGUUGGCUGCUCGAUGCGCUGAAGAGCGAUGGAAUAAAUUCAAAAAAGGCAUUGCUUCCAUUAUGCCAAGUAGAACAUUGAGUCGUCAAAGUGUCAGAAAUCACAGUCGAAGUAGCUCUGUAGACUCUUUACCACCUCCUACUCCAUUGGAUCUUGAAAAUGCAACGGACCACACCAUGAAUAUAAUCGAAUUACUAACCAAAGGAUAUGAACAAUUUAAAAAGUACAAGAGCAGCCGUAUGACGCUUUAUCUGGCAUCUGAUAUUGCAAGAGUAUAUGAAGAGGGUAAAAAGUACGAUAUGGCGCUCAAGUUUUUUGAUCGUAUCGGCAAGACCUACCGCAAGGAGGGUUGGUUCACUAUUUUGGCAUCCAUUAAUCGAUGGAUGAUUAAAUGUGCGCUUCAGCUUCAACUUCAUGCAGUUGCCUUGGAAUCUAUUGUGGAACUGCUUAGCCACCAGCUCACUCCCUUGGUUUCUGAUCGCCAAGCAAUAUUCUUGGAAAUUCAAACUAUUUUGCAAGGCAAUGUUUCUCAGGCCACAUCUCUCGGACCUGAUGGUGUUCUCGAUGUCCAGCUUGAUAUGGAUCAAUUGACCAGUUUUCUCCAAUGCAAUGUUCAGCUUAAAACUUCACAAGCACAUGUGUUGGAAAGCAUUAAUUAUCAACUAGUUUUGUCAGCACUUCCUCGUGCACUCUCACAAUCGUCACGCUGCUAUUUACCAGUAAAUCGUAUUCUUGUAAAAUUUUCCAACAGCGAAUACGAUAUGUGUUUGUUACCGCUUAGUUCAAACGAGCCUACAUCUAUGCAGACUGAAAUAGCAUCUGCUCGACCCAUUGAGUUGAUUGAUUGCUGUGAUGCCGUAUACACCACUGUUCCUCAAGAAGGUGGUCGUUUGUAUUGGGUAAAGUAUGCUCCAAUCAAUAUUAUUACGGGCACAAGCAAAAUAUUUGAGGGUGUGAUAAAUGCAUCCAAGAAUCAGGAGUUGAAAAUCAUAUCCGUAUCAAUCAUUCUUGAAUCUCCUUCUAUUCGGUUGGCUAUGAUAUUCAAUAUUCAACAACGACCCUCAACUUUUACUAAAAGGCAAUGGCUUAUACUGCCAGCUGGCGAAUCUAUUCCACGAUAUAUUGGUUUACCUAAUGUUGGAGAACUUUCAUGCAUAAGAAUUGAUCAACGCGAGCUUAAAGUAUCCCACCAAUAUUCAUUUGUUUCACCAGGAUACAUUGACGAGCUGGUUCCUAUUACUAUUCGUUUGACAAACCAAGAGUCUGAAUCAAUGCAUCUGUUUAUAAGUUGCAGAGUUUGUUUUGGCUCAGAUUCAGAUGGUGCGCCAGACAUCCAUUCACGACUGGCAUUGAACAAAGUCGAUUUUGAUACACCAUUUGAUGACAAGGCAUAUAUAAGUUUGGAGCGGCCAUCAUCCCCACAACAUUUUAACUCGAUGCUUCAAAUUGAUAUGGGCACAGUCGAGCCCAAUGCAACAAUUGAUUCUGUCUUUUAUCUACGAGUUCAAUCUAAACCAGGACCUCGUGUUUUGGUCACCACUUUAUAUGGUUUCUUUGCUUCUGCACCUCUUACAAUCUCUGCUUUUCCUGGAACAUCUAUGCUUGAUUUGACAGAUACUCGACUUUUGUCAAAGCUGUGCAGCACUGAAGAUGGACAUAUAUCAUGCGAGUGUCCAUUUGAAACUAGCUCAGAACUUGCACAGUAUGGCACAGCUGCAUUGCCAAUAGAUUCGCCUACUGGCAUACUAUGUGGUACUGAUGAUAUUGAGUUGGAUAUUCAGCGGACAUAUAAGUGGUUGCUUACAUCCACUGUGCGGAUGAUCGGCAAAUGGGAGAUUGAAGUUGAACAUGCAGAACUGAAUGUUGACAAUCUACAGAACCUGUCAAGCACAGCCGUUCAAGUUGAGCCGGUUUCUCAGCCAGAAACUUCCAAAGAGUGGUUGAAGGGACAUUCCCAGGGUUACGCCUUUCGAGUUACUACACGGGUAGAUGUUCUUUCUACAAGUUUAAAGAUUGAUAUUGGUCGUCUUGCUUUAAAAUGGCGCAGAUUGAAGCCUGCACUAGGCGCUUGGACCUGUACUUUUCUUGAUAUGCCUGAACCGAAGCUAUCUCCAGAGAUUCUCCGAAUCAAUGCCACCAUACCUGGAGAUCUGGCAGUGGGAACACCCUUUGAAUUACGGUAUACGAUUCAAAACACAACCAUUCAUCUCGCUGAACUUUUAUCUUAUAUGGAAUCAUCGGAACAUUUUGUUUUUGCAGGGUAUAAACAGAUGAAUUACAAACUCUUGCCACUCUCGACACAAACUUUGACGUUUCAACUCGUUCCAUUGAGUAGUGGAAGAUGCGCUUUACCAAACUUUAAAACCAUGAAGCAAACAGACGCAGCCUUGCUAUUUUCAGAUGGAGCGUCGGGUGCAGCCGAGGGAGGUAAUACAUUUGGAUCUACUAUUCGGGACAAACUAUUUCCUGUGCUUGCUGAUAAACCUCAUAUGCAUGGAUCACGACAUGGUGAGUUGUAUGUGUAUGUUCGACCUACGAUUGGAUGGUAGCAGUUUAAAGUUUACUAGAGGUCAUUUGAAUGUAAUUUGAAUCACGUCUACUCUGUUGAAUCUGUCCAAUACUACAAUGCGAUUUAAAAAUGAACAUCAGUUUUUGAUUCAUUU